ACCGCACCAGCAUCGCCAGACCCAGUAGGCACCUUGCGCAGAAUUAUGACGACGGAGAUCCCGAACCCACCUGAUAUCCUCCCUUGCUAGACCCGUCCUUCUUAAAGUUGUUUGCCAGCCAUCCGUGUGCCACACCUCCCAAACAUUGUGUACAAAGGCCCGAAGACCCGCAUAUCACACCAAGUCACGUUAGCGCCUGCUCCAGAUUGACCUACACUUUCAUCGGGUAUCAGAUCAAGCCGAUAGCCAAGUCCGGACAUCUAUUUGGAUCGAGAAUUUGCAAAUCCCCGGAUUGGAGGAUUCUAUCUGCGAAAUUUAGGCAACAGUGUAUCACUACAACCUUGAACCCACCUUCUUGAGACACGCAUCUUGGAUCAAUCAAGCGCUGCCCUAUGGCACACCCUCCUGGAAGCGGAGGCACGUCUUUGGCUCCGACUCCGACACAUCCACAUCAGUUAUCACGGGAAACAAGCAGAGACGAGCUAGAGAUGGCUGAGAGCCUGCGACUACUCAAUCAGGCCCAUGAACACCACAGGCCGAGGACAGAAACUCCAUCUCAGGAACAGCACCAGAUUCAGGGCCAGGGAGACGAAAGAUCCGAGAUAUACCACUCACUCGAGGAUGCGGUGCCCAUCUCAGAGCAACCAACGACACCGGCAACUUCAACAUCUCUACAGCUGCCGAGUAUGAACUAUGAUGCAUCCAACGCGCCUGUCACCGGACAAGUCUGUAGCAACUGCAAGACGACACAAACGCCGCUUUGGCGCCGAUCUCCAGCUGGAGAAACUGUGUGCAACGCGUGUGGUCUGUACAUGAAGGCGCGGAAUCAAUCACGUCCAGUGAACCUGAAACGGAACACUCAGACUCAGCCGAUUAUGCCCGUGCAGCAAAGUCCAACGUCGGGCCCAGGUGACGGCAACGGAACGUCACCCGGAAACCUCGCGGCUUCGCCCCGAGUAGCAACUUAUGUUGCUGCAGACCAGAUGACCGCAGGUACAUGUCCUGGUGGGGGGCGAUGUAAUGGUACUGGUGGUCAGCAAGGCUGCAGUGGCUGUCCAGCAUUCAACAACCGCGUGUCGAAGACUGCGAAGUUUGCGUUGGCUCAGGCAAAUGCAACAUCGAGUGACGGUACGAACGGCGCAGACGCUGCGUCCAGUUCGGCGGCAGCAGGUUCUACUAGUGCCAUCCCCGCGUGCCAAAAUUGUGCGACUACAAUCACACCACUGUGGAGACGGGAUGAUGCUGGUCACAUAAUAUGUAACGCUUGUGGACUUUACUACAAGCUCCAUGGAACACAUCGUCCUGUCGCAAUGAAGAAGCAAGAGAUCAAACGUCGGAAACGAGUCGUGCCAGCUGGUGACACUAGCUCUCAAGCCACACCGUCGGUUGCCGAUUACUCUCCACCACAGCGUCCGUCCCAAACCCCCGCAUUCGAGCAUUCCGUUUCCCCAGAUCCGUCAACGGCAAUUGAGUCUAGGGAAGACUAUACGCCCGAGCCACCUAGAGGACCUAUCGCCGUCGACUUCACUCAUUACUACGGCAAGGCAUCAGUCACCUCUAAUCCCGCAGCCCUUAUACCCAACAUGCAAUCCAAUGCACCAUCGCCCCGGAAACGCAGCCGCAGUGCUACCAUGGACCCAGAGGAAACCGCAAACCCGAUGCCCCACCGCCCAAACGCGAUUUCUUCGAUAUUGAACCCAUCUCAAGCUGACGCUGACGCAAACAUCGAUCCUUCACUUUCAGUGCCGCUACGCCCGAGUGCUGGCACAUCGCCUAAUCCAGGAAUGUCACAAGAAGAGAAGGCAGCUAGGAGGGAGAGACUGAGGAAGGAGGCAGAAGCUAUGAGGCAAGAAUUAGCGAGGAGGCAGAAAGAACUAGAUGAAUUGGAAAAUGAUUGAGGCGUUACUUCAAAUCCAAAGAAUAUACAACGAAGUACCCAUAUUUGGAGAAAAGCAACGGCGUUAAAAGUGGUACUGCUAAGAUGGCGAGAGACGAACUAUCAUCAUAUGUAUAAGCUUUGGGGUCUUCAAUGACGACCGCCGGCGUUCGAUAUAAUAUGUUUCAUCC